CUCGAAACGCUUGGAUCUUCCACUCGUGAAAAGCCAUGGACACGGGCUCACGUCGCUUCUCGUCCGCCGAGUCGGUGUUGCAGCGCAUUCGCCACAAGUCGUCGCUACCGUCACGCCGCAACAGCACGGCCAAGGUCCUUACGGGCCCCGAGCGCGCGCGCCAGCUCUGGGCCAAGGUGCGCGACAACCUCAGCGUGCUCGUGCCGCCCAAGCCCACGACGCGGUACCGGCGCGCGGCCGUGCCGCCGCUCAUGUUUGACCCGGAGAGCGACCUCAAGGUCAAGUGGGACCUCGCGCUCGCGUGCUGCGUCUUGUACACGACGGCCGUCGUGCCGUACCGCGUGAGUUUCUCGAUCGACGCCACCGGCCUCUUCUUGGUCGUCGAGACUGUGAUCGACUGCGCGUUCUUCGUCGACAUUAUGUGCUCGUUUCGCACCGGGAUUGAGAACCCGAGCACGGGCCACGUGUACUACAACAAGCAGCACAUCGCGCUCGCGUACCUCAAGGGCUGGUUCCUCAUCGACUUUGUGUCAACCGUGCCGAUAUCGACGGUCGUCUCGUGGAUGUACCCGAACCACAACUCGUCCGCGCUCAUGACGACGCGCAUCUUUCGCGGUGCCAAGCUCGUGCGGCUGCUCAAGCUCGCUCGCAUUCGGAAAAUUGGUGUCAUGAUCGCCAAAUGGGAAGAAGAGGUAUUUGUCAACCAAAGCCUCCUGUCGCUGCUCAAGAUUCUCUUUUUCGUCUUCUUCCUCGCGCACCUCGUCGCGUGCGUGUGGUUUUACGCAGCAACAACCUCAACGUAUUCGUGGGCGUCGGCGGCCGGCUACAUGGCCGACAACCACGCCCACAAGCAAAAUUUGCAGUAUCUCGCGUCGCUCUACUGGGCUAUUGUGACCAUGACCACGGUGGGCUAUGGCGACAUUGACCCGAAGACCAAAGUCGAGAUCGUGAUUGCCAUGUUCGUCAUGGUCAUUGGCGUCGUUAUGUUUGGUUACGUGAUCGGCAACAUCACGGCGCUCGUCGACAACCUCGAUGCGAGCAGCCGCAUGCAGUCGGAGCGCAUGACGUCCGUGAAGGAGUACAUCAUUGCUCGCAGCAUUCCCACGUCCAUCGGCAAGCGCAUCCUGGAUCACUUCGAGUACUUUUACCGCCAACGCUCAGUGUUUGACGAAGAUACGAUUCUCAAGAAUCUGCCGAGCGUCCUGCGGCACGAAGUGCUGCACCACGUACUGCGCAAAUUCAUUGCGCGCAUCGACUUUCUCUCUGAAUUCCACGAGGGGCUCGUGAGCGACAUGGCGGUCGCGAUGCACCCGUUCUUUGUCGUGAAAGACGAAGGCAUUUACACCCAGCACGAGAUUGCCGCCCACGUCUUCUUUCUUAUGAAAGGUACCGCGGUGCUCGUCAAGGCGUACAUGGGCCAGAUGGGCGAGACGCAGCUUCUUCCGCUCUCGCCAGGCAUGCACUUUGGUGAAAUCGAGCUGUACCACCCGCGCUACGGCCGCGGUGUUCGCAUUUGCUCGGCCAUCUCCAAGACGUACUGCGAACUCACAUUUCUAUCGCGUCAAGUCAUCUCGCACAUUGGGGAGACAUGGCCCGAGAUUCUUGCCCAUUUCGAGCACACGGGAGACCAAAAAGUGCGGUAUAUGACUAAGCGCGGACCGCUCGAAGAGUUCAACAUCGGUACCAAGCCGUCGUCCACCAACGGGCUCCGGCACCGCCGGUUCUCCUUGUCGGGGCGCGUACUGCCGCUCACUCGCAAACCUGGUAUGUAUCUACAACCAGCGGUGGCGCGCCGAGCGAGCUUUGAGGCUAAGGACCAACCGCUGAUGGAGGACCUCGGGACCUACGAUCUCUCGUCGUCUUCGGAAGAUGACGAAAUUGAAACCAUCUCGAGCACAAAACAGCUCGAUGCUGCCGUGCUGCGUGUCCAGCCGCUCGUCCGGUCUGUCCCCAACGAGCGCAAGAUGGCGCACCAGCACUGGGUGUUCCAUCCGCAAGAUCUUUUCCUUGUCAACUGGCAACUCUCGGUCGCCACGGCCAUCAUGUACUCUACCAUCAUGGUCCCGUAUCGCAUUGGGUUUAACUCGGAUCCCUCGGGCUCGGAGCUGAUGUUUGACCUGUUUGUCGACGCGCUUUUCUUUGUGGACAUUGGCAUUUCGUUUCGGACAGCGUAUUACACGAUGGAGCGUCAACUGGUCGUGAAUGGGAAUACCAUCAUGUACGCGUACCUCCGCGGCUGGUUCCUCGUCGACUUUGUCUCGACGGUGCCCAUCGAUACGAUUGGCAGCUACUUUAUCACGGAGCGCAACUCGAGCCAAGUACUCGCGUCGACCAAGAUUUUGCGCGUUUUUCGUAUCGCGCGCAUCUUCAAGCUCAUUCGACUCCUCAAGAUCGGCAAGGUGUUUAAACGCCUCCGCGACUCGAUCCAGCUGAGCCCGUCGACGGAGCGUCUCUUGAAGCUCGUCAUGAUCAUGGUGCUCUUUGGCCACUGGAACGGGUGCAUGUUUCACUUCAUCAUGCUCCAAGAGGAAGAUCUCGGACUCCGCACGUGGUGCACGGAAUAUUUUUUUCCCCAAGACGCCGACCCGGGCUUGUGCUCGAACCGUGUCUCGAUAGUCGAUCGGUACCUUGCGUCCAUCUACUGGGCCUUCACCACCAUGGCCACAGUGGGCUAUGGCGAUAUUCGGCCCUAUCGAUUUUCGGUUGCUGAGAUCCUCUUUGCCAUUAUUUGCCUCCUCGUCAACUCGACUGUGUUUGCCUACGUCGUGAGUGGCAUCAUCGAAGUCAUCUACAACUACGACCCGAGCGCGCGCGAGUACAGCUCCCGCCUCAACGCCAUGAAGGACUAUGUACGGGACGCGUCCAUGUCGGUACGCUUGAGCACCAAUGUCAAGCGGCACUACGAUUACCUGCUCUCGACCGUGUGCCUCUUUCCAGAAGAAAAAAUCUUUGGGCAGCUGCGACCCAGCCUCCGCUUUGAUGUCGCCCGCCUCGUCUCGUCCAGCUCCAUCAUGACAAUUGGCAUCAUUGCCAGUAUGGAGAAGCGCUACAAAGGGUUUGUAAGCUACGCCAUGUUCCUGCUCAAGCCGCAGUACGUGCUUCGAAGCGAACGCGUCUGUCAUAGCGGCAGCCCCGGCACGGAAAUGUACUUUAUUCUGGACGGCGAGUGCGAGCAGCUCGACAAGGACAACCGCAACGCGCGCGUCCUCGGGGAGAGCGCUGUCGUCGAAGCCUAUGCGCUCUUGGCCCGCCCUGACGAGCAUUACCGUACCGAGUCGACGCUCACUGUGCUCACAAAGUCGUGCCAGCUCUAUGCGUUUGCCGUCCAAGACUUUCGGACUAUAGCCUCGAUCUCGCCGGCUAUUUCCUCCAAUUUGUCGUACGAGUUGGCGCGAAGCAUCAUCCGAGACGAUUUCUUGCACCUCUCGGACGUCCAAGAGCGCACGGUCGCGGCCGCCAUCGAGUAUGAAAAAGCACACAACCCGGACGCGACCCACCACUUGGGCAACCUGGCCCAAGUGGUCCUUUCCACCAUCAAGGUCGUCCACGGCGACCCUUUGACGUUGAACAUGCACGAGGCCGUGCACAAGCUCGUGGUGAACGCGACGGCGCAUCAUGCUGCGACCACUGCCGCGUCCCUUCAAUCUGUAUAGAGCUCUCUUUGUCCCACAGUAUUUUCAACUAAAUGCAUUCAAAUGUAGCGAUUUCAUUUCA